AGUUUCUUUGUUUUGCGUCGGCUGUUUUUUUCCUUGCCAUGUCGGACUUUUCUUUAAAUAUUUUUACGCUUAAUUGUUGGGGUAUACCUAUUGUCUCUAAAAACAGAAAAGAACGUAUGGAAGCAAUCUCUACAUAUUUACAAGAAAGUUGUCAUACAGUGGUGUGCCUACAGGAGGUGUGGAGUGAGGAUGAUUAUCUUUUUAUGAAAGAAAAACUGAAACGCAACCUGCCCUACUCACAUUACUUCUACAGUGGAGUCCUUGGAUCAGGUCUCUGCGUUUUCUCCAAGUGGCUUAUCCAGGACGUAUUUUUCCACCAGUGGCCAUUGAAUGGCUACAUCCAUAAGAUCCACCAUGGGGAUUGGUUCGGAGGCAAGGGUGUUGGUUUGUGUCGGCUCCGGGUAAAAGAUAGGCUGGUGAACAUCUACUGUACCCAUUUACAUGCUGAGUACCAUGAGGAUGACAUUUACUUAGCACAUAGGGCUCUGCAAGCACAUUCCACUGCAGAGUUUGUAAAUCUGACUAAAUCCACAGCCGAUGUAUCCAUCCUUGCUGGAGAUCUCAACACAGGCCCUGGCGAUUUGUCCUACAGAUUAAUAACAGAACUUCCAUCACUCAUAGACCCGUACGACUUAGAGUGUGAGAAUACCAAUCCUGCCAUUAGGAAAGCCACCGGCACCAACGACAACGCCAACAACAGCUACUCUGAUAAGAAACAAGCGAAGCUGUGCCCCGAGGGGAAGAGGAUUGAUCAUAUUUUGUACCAUGUCAACACUCAGUGGGCGAUCGAGAUAAUGAACUUUGGCAACCCGCUCGAAGACAGGGUGCCUGGGCAGCAAUUUUCGUACUCGGACCACAACGCAGUUGCCCUCGAACUGCAUAUGCGGCCGACAGAAGGCUCGUACAAAUACCAUAAGGUCUAUAACAAGGACGGGGCGCUGGAUGACACGAUUGCAGACGCCUACAAAGUCUGCAAUGAGGCUUACGCCAACUUGUCCAAAACAAGAAAGCUGUAUUUGUUUGCCGGAGGACUGAUCUUCAUGUUCUUACUAGGCUCAUUUGGUUACUGGCCGGACUACGUGUUGUACAACGUACUAAAGAUAAUUAUCACUGGACUAAGCUUCUAUUAUCUGAUAAUGGGGACUUUGUGGAACAGAAUUGAGAUGAACAGCUUGAAAGCGGGACUGAGCGCUCUUGACAAUUUUGGCAAAAGCAGGACCCAGUUGGAAAAGGGCGACGGACUGUCCAACCUGUGAUAGUAUUGUUGAUUUUGUUCACGAAGAUUACAAUUAGAAAUUACAAGGAAUAGCAAAACUAAAUG